AUGUCUACCGGCGAGAACAACUCCGAUCCUUUGGUAACAAUGCGCAAUAUCUCCAAGCGCUUUGGCGGCGUGAAAGCGCUCACACAGGUGAACCUUGAUGCCUAUGCGGGAGAGGUCCUGGCAAUUGUCGGCGACAAUGGUGCAGGCAAGUCCACGCUGAUCAAGAUACUGACCGGCGUCUAUCAGCCCACCGAAGGCGAAAUCUUCGUAGCCGGCAAGAAGCUGGUGAUGAACAGUCACUCAGAUGCGAUCGAUGAAGGCAUUGAUGCGGUUUACCAGACCCUUGCGCUGGCAGAUCACCUCGAUCCCGCGUCAAACAUGUUCCUUGGAAACGAACUGACCCGCUCGGUUCUGGGUAUCACGAUGCUCGACAACAAGCGGAUGCGCUCGGAAACAGAGCGUGUCCUGUUUGAACGACUUGGUGUCAGGCUACGCUCGCUCGAUGUUCCCACCUCAAGUCUGUCGGGAGGCCAACGGCAGGCUGUUGCCAUCGCACGAGCGGUCUAUCACGAGGGCCUAAGGGUCCUCGUGAUGGACGAACCGACGGCAGCUCUCGGGCCCCAGGAAACGGCACGGACGCUGAAGCUCAUCAAGGCACUGAAGGCACAGGGCCUUGCGGUCAUUCUGAUCUCCCACUCGCUGGAUGACGUUUUUGAAGUCGCGGACAGGGUUCACGUUCAACGGCGCGGGCGCUGCGCAGGCGUUGUCCACAUCUCGCAAAGCACGCAGCAAGACGUUCUCGCCCUGAUCGUGGGCGCGGAAGAAGCGGCAUAG